UAGCUGAGAUAAAUUAGCUGGCUAGCUAAAUAGUUUGUUGGCGCUACGGAGUUUACGGUGUAUUGACUUUCUAGCCCGACCCGGUGAGCUAGCAAGCAAACUGGUACCAGAACCUCUGCUGGCUAGUAUGUGGAGUAACUUUACGUUUUCCUAACAGAACUUAGAAAGCCGCAUUGUUACAUGUAAAAAAAAGAUAAACUGUGUUCGACGUUUAAAUUAUUAGCUCGGCUACUGCUCGACGUUUUGUGAUAUUAGCUAACGCUACAGUCCGAAAAAAAAAACUGAAACGGAUUAAUGGCAAUGAGGAGUUGAUGAGAAGCAGCAUGGUCCGUGUGGUGUUCCUGCACCCUGACCUGGGAAUAGGCGGCGCGGAGCGGCUGGUGGUGGAUGCCGCCGUAGCGCUGCGCUCUCGCGGCUGCAGUGUACAGAUCUGGACGGCGCACCACGAUCCCCAGCACUGCUUCUCGGAGACACUGUCGCCAGACUUGCCUGUAGUGUGUGUGGGUGACUGGCUACCCAUCAGCAUUUGUGGAUACUUCCAUGCCGUCUGUGCCUACUUCCGGAUGAUUUAUGUGGCCCUCUACCUGGUGUUCCUGAGUGGCGUGGAGUUUGAUGUGGUUUUCUGUGACCAGGUCUCUGCUUGUAUUCCUGUCUUGCGUCUAGUGCGCCACAGAAAGAAGGUCCUCUUCUACUGCCACUUUCCCGAUCAGCUGCUGACUCAACGGCACUCCCUAUUGAAGCGUCUGUACCGCGCACCCAUCGACCGCUUGGAAGAACUCACCACAGGCAUGGCAGACCUUGUUGUGGUCAACAGCCAGUUCACUGCUGGCGUGUUCAGACAGACCUUCCCCAAGCUAGUCACGAUCCACCUGGACAUACUGUACCCAUCCCUGAACACAGCUGCUUUCGACGAGGAGGUAGACGACCUCAGAGGACUGGUCCCAGAGGGUCGUAGUGUCCUCUUCCUGUCCAUUAACCGCUACGAGCGGAAGAAGAACCUUCCGCUAGCGCUGCGCGCGCUGGCCGCGCUGAAGACGCGCAUGUCCGAUGCCCGGUGGGAACAGGUGCACCUGGUGCUGGCCGGCGGCUAUGACGAACGCGUGGCCGAGAACGUGCAGCACUAUGAGGAGCUGCGCUCGCUGGCGGUCUCGCUGGACCUGGAGGAGCACGUCACCUUCCUGCGCUCCUUCUCCGACCGCCUGAAGGUGGUGCUCCUGCACAGCAGUGCCUGCGUGCUAUACACGCCCAGCGGCGAGCACUUUGGCAUCGUUCCCGUGGAGGCCAUGUACACAUGCUGUCCUGUCAUUGCUGUCGCCUCUGGCGGGCCGCUAGAGUCCGUAGUCCACGGGGAGACGGGCUUCCUGUGUGAGCCCACACCCGAGAGCUUCUCUGAGGCCAUGGAACGCCUGGCCACAGAUGCCGGGCUCCGGGUCCACAUGGGCCAGGCGGGCAGGGCCCGGGUCCUAGAGCGCUUCUCCCUGCAGGCUUUUGCUGACCAGCUCUACGCCCACGUGCUCAGCCUGGCCAACUAAUCCGGGAAGCCUCAGCGUUCUGCCCCCCUGGCUCACUCUGGAGCGCGCAAGGAAACAACAUGCUCUCCAAUUAGAGAGAAGAGGAGAGAAUGUGUGGGGGAGUUCACCUGGCUGGGACUCUCGCGGGAGGCGAAGUGCAGGUCUGGGGGCGGGGCAAGGGCAGUGGGUGGAGCCCCAGUUGGACAGAGAGGUUAAUGAAUUACUGUUUGCUGGCAACAUUGAUUGCAUGCGUCAUCGCAGGGCCUAAAGAGAGCGCGAGAGAGAGAGAGAGACUGUGUGUCUUUUGCCUGAGGACCAUUAGAGAGUUUCCAGGACAGAAAUCAAUGUAUUUCAGUGUCCUGCUCUGUCUUAAAGCAUCUUGGCCUUUUGUUCUGGAGUAACAAUUGUAGAGGUUUAGUUAUUUCAGUCUCAGAAAUGUGGCCCACCUACAGUAGUUAAACAGGAGCAAAGUUGUCGAAGAGGCAAAGAGGCGUGAAUCGGUACUGGGUUCGUGGUUGUUACUGAUUUUCCUCAAUGAUGCUACUGAUAUGACUCUAAGGUCUUCAUUAAAUAAAAUGAUGCACACUGUGCUAUUUGUUGCUCGUUACACAGAGAGCAUUUUAUAUAAACUUUUAAAAAUGUAUUAUGGCACAUCUGUUUUCUAGUUGUGCUUUGAUCAUGUUUUAAACAGAAAUAAAUCUCUUAAGUAGCUUCUAACUGGAAGGUUUCAAUCUGAAUUAAAUCCAUUGCUUUCAAAAGGUAUGGCCUAUAAAGAACAUUUUAAAAUA